AUGACGUCCACAAAGCAGAAGACGUCGCGGAAUAAAGACGACGCCCCCCACGAAUUGGAGAGCCAGUAUGUUCUGAGGCUUCCCCCGGAAUAUGCGUCCACCGUGCGGCGGAUGGUCCAGUCCGGGAAUGUCAGCACAAAGGACAAACUCUCCAUCGAGCUCCAUCCGGAUGGACGUCACGGAAUCGUGCGCGUGGAACGCGUCCCGCUCGCCGCAAAGCUGGUGGACAUCCCGUGCGUGCUCGAGUGUAUGAAAACCAUCGACAAGAAGACGUUCUACAAAACCGCCGACAUCUGCCAGAUGUUGGUUUGCACCUUGGACGGCGAUCUGUAUCCGCCCCUCGAGGAGCCGACGGGAGCCAGUGACCCGAAGAGCAACAAGAAGAAGGACCGGGACCGCGAGAAGAAGUUCAUAUGGAACCACGGAAUAACGUUACCUCUGAAGAAUGUGCGGAAGAGACGAUUCAGGAAAACCGCCAAGAAGAAGUACAUCGAGUCCCCGGACGUGGAGAAGGAGGUGAAGCGUCUCCUGAGCACGGAUGCAGAAGCCGUCGGUGUCCGGUGGGAGGUGAUCGCCGAAGACGAGUCCAAGGAGGCCGAAAAUCUGACCGGCCUGGACAGCUCUCCGGGGGCCACGGGAAUCAAACAAGGGCGACGCUCUACAAUGGUGAGGGAUGAAUUGCGGGAGAUCUUCAAUGACCUCAGCAGCAGCAGCGACGGCGAGGAAGAGGAGAGAGAGAGGCAAGAGGAGGAAGACUUGAACAUCAUGGAAGCCGAAGGAGACCAAAGGAAAGGUCAGGGCGGCCAGGACGGAGGCACCAACCAGAUCGCGCUUGAAUUGCAGAAACAAGCGGAAAACCUUCAAAAGAAAUUGCGAGAAACGCAGGAGAGACGGAAACGGCAGGAAGAGCUGAUCAUGAAGGUGGAAAACGUGGCUCUUAAGACACGUCUGCAGGCUGUGCUGGAUGAGUUCAGACAGCAGGAGGAACGAGAGAAACAACAGGUGACCUCUGUUGAGGAGCAGCUGGAGGCCCUGAUAGAGAAGUGACAAUAGAGCCAUUUGAGU